AUGGCGGCGUACCACCCUGCCGCGGCGCUCUCCUUCCUCCUCGUGCUCUCGCUCUUCCUCCUGGCCCGCGCCGACCCGCCGCCGGCCACGCCGGUGCCGCCCUCCACGGCGUGCGACGACACGACGGACCCCGCAUUCUGCCGCUCCGUGCUCCCGGCCAACGGCACCGGCAACCUCUACGCCUACGGCCGCUUCUCCGCCGCCAGGUCCCUCUCCAACGCCAACCGGUUCCUCGGCCUCGUCAACCGGUACCUCGCCCGCGGCGGCCUCUCCGGCGCCGCGGUCGCCGCGCUGCAGGACUGCCAGCUCCUCUCCGGGCUCAACAUCGACUUCCUCUCCGCGGCCGGCGCCACGCUGAACACCACCAAAUUCGACCAUGCAGCCGUGCUCGGGCAAGGGUUCGUGGCGGUGAACAUGACGUUCCGCAACACGGCGGGGCCGGCGAAGCACCAGGCGGUGGCGCUCCGGAGCGGGGCCGACCUCUCGACGUUCUACCAGUGCAGCUUCGAGGGGUACCAGGACACGCUCUACACCCACUCCCUCCGCCAGUUCUACCGCGCGUGCGACGUCUACGGCACCGUCGACUACGUCUUCGGCAACGCCGCCGUCGUGUUCCAGGACUGCACGCUCUACAACCGCCUCCCCAUGGCCGGCCAGAGCAACACCGUCACGGCGCAGGGCCGCUCCGACCCGAACCAGAACACGGGCGCCACCAUCCAGGGCUGCUCCAUCGUGGCCGCGCCGGAGCUCGCCGCCAACACGGCCUUCGCCACCGCCACCUACCUGGGGCGGCCGUGGAAGAUGUACUCGCGCACGGUGAUCAUGCAGUCGGACGUGGCCGGGCUCGUCGACCCGGCGGGCUGGAUGCCGUGGAGCGGCGACUUCGCGCUCGCCACGCUCUACUACGCCGAGUACGACAACUCCGGCGCUGGGUCGGACACGAGCAGGAGGGUGAACUGGCCGGGGUACCACGUGCUCAACAGCACCGUCGACGCCGGCAACUUCACCGUCGCCAACAUGGUGCUCGGGGAUUUCUGGCUGCCGCAAACCGGCGUGCCCUUCACCGUCGGGCUCAACUGA